UUCCCCUUUCGCUCACAGCUCUUUCUUUUCAACAGUUUGACAACAAAAGUGUUGAGAAUGCGCUUCAUUAAUUUGGCAGGCAGUCGCCGACUGUCUGAGAAACAGGAACAGGGAAUUGCGUCAGCUGCACUGACAUUGCAUUGAGUUGGUUUGGCCCAGGCAAGGAGAUAGAACAGAGGACGGAAGCGAAGGCGGACUCUUCGGUAUGGCCAUGACUGAGGACAAUGAGCAACAUCAUCAGCAGCAGCAGCAGCAGCAGCAAGAGAGGCAGCAGGAGCUGCAUCCAUUGCCGGAAGCGGAUGAAGCAUCCUCGUCUGUGGUUGAACCUCUGCUGGCUCUACUGCGAGGCGGUGGGGAUAUGCUUAAUCAGACAGAAACACGCACAGCUCCGCCCUUCUAUAGCAGUUACAACAUCUCCGAGGAUGUCUACUACUAUUUCAAUGGAUUAAAUGUACUACCCACAAGCACAGAACUUACGCUGAUUGCAAAUGUUAGCGGGACAAGCCCUGGUCCGGGGCCAGGCAUCGGUAUUAGUAGCAGCACCACCCCAGAGCCGGAUCUAUCAGAAUUUAUGGAGGCUCUGCCCAACGAUCGUAUGGGAUUGCUGGCCUUCCUUUUCCUCUUCUCAUUUGCCACCGUAUUUGGCAACUCACUUGUGAUCCUGGCCGUUAUAAGGGAACGGUAUCUGCAUACGGCUACCAAUUAUUUCAUCACCAGUCUGGCUGUGGCCGACUGCCUGGUGGGCUUGGUGGUCAUGCCCUUCUCGGCCUUGUACGAGGUCCUGGAGAAUACCUGGUUCUUCGGCACAGAUUGGUGUGACAUUUGGCGUUCGUUGGAUGUGCUCUUCAGCACGGCUUCCAUACUCAAUUUGUGUGUGAUAUCGCUGGAUCGUUACUGGGCCAUCACGGAUCCGUUUAGCUAUCCCAUGAGAAUGACAGUGAAGCGGGCAGCUGGCCUGAUCGCAGCAGUCUGGAUAUGCUCAAGUGCGAUCAGCUUUCCGGCGAUAGUUUGGUGGCGUGCCGCUAGGGAUGGUGAAAUGCCGGCCUACAAAUGCACAUUCACCGAGCAUCUGGGUUAUUUGGUCUUCUCCUCAACCAUAUCGUUCUACUUGCCCCUGCUGGUGAUGGUCUUCACCUAUUGCAGGAUCUAUCGAGCGGCGGUUAUACAAACGCGUUCUCUAAAAAUCGGCACCAAACAGGUAUUGAUGGCUUCCGGUGAGCUGCAGUUGACUCUGCGUAUUCAUCGUGGAGGAACGACUCGGGAGCCUACUACGAAUACCCAUCAGGGUGGUGGUGGUGGCGGCGGCUCCUUGAGCCAUUCCCAUUCCCACUCACAUCAUCAUCAUCAUCACAAUCAUGGCGGAGGGACCACCACAUCGACGCCCGAAGAGCCAGAUGAUGAACCUCUAUCGGCUCUCCAUAAUAAUGGAUUAGCUCGUCAUCGACAUAUGGGAAAGAAUUUCUCGCUGUCCCGCAAACUGGCCAAGUUCGCCAAGGAGAAGAAGGCCGCCAAGACGCUGGGCAUUGUGAUGGGCGUGUUCAUUGUGUGCUGGCUGCCCUUCUUUGUGGUGAAUCUGUUGUCCGGCUUCUGCAUGGAGUGCAUUGAGCAUGAGGAAAUUGUAUCCGCAAUUGUGACAUGGCUUGGCUGGAUCAACUCGUGUAUGAAUCCUGUGAUCUAUGCCUGUUGGAGUAGGGAUUUCCGCAGAGCCUUUGUGCGUUUGCUGUGCAUGUGCUGUCCACGGAAGAUAAGACGCAAAUAUCAGCCUACAAUGCGUUCCAAAUCCCAGUGUCACGUUGCCGCCGCCAUGGUGGCUGCCUCAACAUCCUUUGGCUAUCAUUCGGUCAAUCAGCUGGAUCGGACCAUUAUGUGACGUCAGUUGAGCAGUUGCAGCACCUGCAGCGGUAGCAGCAACUGCGGAGGCGGUGGCUCCCGCAAUGCCCAUCACCACUCCUCGACCUCGGCGACGCCCUCAUCCUCGCAAAGGUCGUGCACACGCUGCCAGAGUUUCCAUCGUCAUCACCAUCGGGCCAGGCGUCGCAGCUCUGGAAUGCAGCUGCGAGGGGACUACAAUUCCACAUCGGCAGUGAAUAAUGCGGCAAAGACCAUUGUGACUAUCACAGCACCGCCAGCGGCAGCCGCCUCGGCCAGUUCGCUUCACCUCGGCGGUGGCAGUGGUCGACCCUCGUCGGUGUCGACGCUGACAAUUGCCUCAGUUCCUCCGUCUUUGCUGUUGGAUACAUCGCUGGGCGUUGCUGGACUGGGCACGGGUGGGUCAGUGAGUGCGGCCAAUACUCCAGUGGCACCAGGCGUCAAGAAUUCCUCUGGUCAUCAUGUAUCCUUCAUGCCCAUGACUGGCCUGAAACGUUUGCGCAGCUCUAAUUCAUCACUUAGCUCGCCAACAGCCGCCGGACAGCCGGAUACCACCUCGGCACCAUCUUUGUUUGAAGCAAUGGCGAUAGUUUCCACAGAACCACUGCCCCACUCCAGUCAUCAUCGUCCAUUGGAACAGCGGCAGAGUGUUCAGAGUCAAAUAACAACCCUGGGUGAUGUGGAAGAUGAUGAUGAUGAUGACGUAGAUAAUCCAAACGGGGACAGCGACAGUGAGAGCUUGGGUUUGGCUCUAGUGCAAACCACGCCACAGCUGGAGUGCCAACCGGAGGCCCUUUCUAAUUCCUCAAGCUCUUCGGUUAAGUAAACUGAACCCCCCCACAAGACGGACAGACAAUGGACCGAAAAAAACCUAGAUGUAGAAUAUGAUAUUUAGAAAUAGUCUUAAGAUUUGUGUAGAUGCGCUUAGAUACUCAUUAGCUAAUCGAUUUGGUGAUAGACACUAUGCAAAUACCAAGAGACACACUUAGUACACUUUGUCUCUGGGCAAAUCAUGAUGGCAUAGUGUGCAAGCUACAAUUAGUUGUCAUAUCUUAGAUCUUCCAUUAAACAAAUCAGUUAUCAUACCAGUUAUUAAGUAUAAAUAUGUUAUUUCAACUCAUUUAAGCCAUUUUGAUAAUAAUUAAAAGCUACGUCUUUAACCUGUCCACCUGUACCUGACUUGGUCUACUCAAAUGCAUUCUUUAGCCUAUAGAAAGCGUUGUAUAGUCUCGUUUUUUUUUCUUCCUCUCUAUCUCUAAAUAUUUCUU